CUGGUGGGAUAAUUAACAGGCUACUGUGGACAAAAAUGGCUGUGAGUGUAAACGCUUGUGUUGACGUCAUUGCUGUGGCAGACGACAAUGUUUUUGAUAUUUUACUUGGAACGCUAGCAGAAGAUAUUACAGCAAAGCGAAAUUCAAAGAGUAUUUUAAAAUAUAGAUGGGUAUUUCAUAUACCUAUUUUCUGUGUUCUAUAUCAUAAACCGAAAUUGAUAAUAAAGUUUGGGGAGUUUCGGCGGAAUUUGGGUGACAUAUAUGGAGUUAACACUGUACCUGUCCUAGGUCACAACUGCAACGUUAUUGACCUUGCAGAUGCUUUAAAGUUUGAUGAAUGCACAAAAGAAUUGCUAAAAGUAUAUGAAGUGGAUAAAACAGACAUGCGUGACGUAAACCAAUCUGACGUAUUUGCUGCUUUACUUAACAUUGGAAAAUUACAUGAGAUUUUGGCAAUGAACGGUGUACUUGAAAGAACUAUAAAGCGUCUUUGCGAAAAUGGGCGGGACAUCCGUGCACGUAAUUCACGAGGGAAAUCUGUUCUGCACGAGGCUGUUUUGAAUAUGUCGUCGUUUGAGGUGUUUGAUACAAUCAUUUCUCAAGGUGGAGAUGUUGACAGUACAGACCACUAUGGAAUAACUGCGUUAUUAAGUUUUAUUUCUAAAGCCAUAUAUUACAGGUCUCGUAUGCCAGAAGUUGUGAAAAUUUUGAAAUUAUUGUUAUCUCAGAAUCCAUGUAUUAUAUCGAAUACAGACGUUAUAAAGAAAGCGAUAGAAUAUGAUAAAAGAAAAUGCCACGAUGUAUUCGAUAAAACUUCACCAGACGAUGUCGAAACUCAUUACGAGGCUCAAAGGACUUCUGAAAAAUACACCAUUGCAAAAGAAAUGUGUCUUUUACCAUGGUUGUACAAAUACGGGUUUCCUGUUUCACAAACGGACAUAGAUGAAAUAGAGCUCGAAAUCCCCGGAUAUAAAACCGUUUUUGACAUAAACUUAAAUAGUCCGCGCUGUUUGAAAGACAUAACCCGUCUCAAUAUACGCGAGACUUAUCAAGGUAAAAGACUGUUUACAGUAAUCAAUGCCAUUCCAAUUCCGAACUGUAUUAAAGAUUAUAUCUUAAUGCAACAAUUCAACUGCUCUGGAUGAAAAUGCAAGUUAGUGUAUAUAUAGAUCCAUUCCUUGAAUGAAGGAGUAUUGAAAUAUUAAGUGUUCCAUAUGUACAUAUACAGGGCAUGAGUUGGCACUGAAAAUAAACACAACAAAGACAGUUAUAGUAAAUAUAAAGACAGUUUAUUUAAAUGAUUCUAGCGACAAUUAUCAUUGUUACAUAUAAAAAAUACAUGUAUAUAAAUAC